AUGAACGUUAUGGACUUUGACGUUAUUCCUGCAAUCAAUGCAAUGUGCACUUGUUUGCCACAGUUGUUCAAGCUUGUUGCAGACAGUGCCUACAACAGCGUACAAGACGGGACAGGUCUAAACGGCGGGACUUCCGAGCUCAUCAAUUUGCUGGCCAAAUUAGAAGUGUGCGUCCUCGAGCAAAAUUUCCAGAUCAGCAACAACGGUGCGCAAGUCGUCCAACACCUCAUGGACGAGAGCAAAGGUAGCAUUCUUUUGAUGGCGGCCGAGAUCGACCUUGAAAUGUACAGUAAACUGGUGGGCGCCAUCGUCGCAUGUGCUUUCGGUAAAUGUGAUCCGGGUGUCUUUACUGAAUACCUGGAAAUGUCUAGAGAGUACAUGCUGGCCCAAUUGGAAACGGCGCUGUCGGGAUGGAAAACAGUUCUCAAGUCUACUGAUGAGUCGAUCAAAGCGAUCGGGUUGGCAGGUGAAGAGAUCAUCACGAAUGCACAAAGCCUUCCGAGCAAGAUCAAGACGAUUGAAGACCAAAUGUGCAAAGAUAGCGCAUGCUCUGGUCCUGUCAUAACGGCGUUCAUGGACAAAGUUGACACAAUGCUCAACACCAUCACCGGAAAAACCCAAGUCGGCCAGGCUGCGGCAUCAGUCACACAGAGCGUUGAGAACUUGAUCACCCUGAUAGAAGGGACUGUUGAAUCCGCGGGGCUUGUGGAAGAGCCUGAUACACUCGCCAAAAUCGUGGGCACCUUCAACCGGAUUGGAGACGUCAUCCAAACAUUCAAGAUUGUGCAGCAGCUUCCCAAGCUGGCUGAAAGCCUUGGUCAGGACUCGCAGGCAAUAUUGGAAUUCUUGCAAUCUUUUGGGACGAUCAGUGGCGAUGCCAUCAAACUGGUGUCGGAGCUUUUGGAGGGUGACUGGGAGGGCAAUCCUCUUGAGUUUACGACAGAUUCAACAGGAAAGGUCCGCGAGGGAAUGGCUCAGAUUCAGGAUCUCAUUCGAACACAAGUGGAGGCGCCAUUGAAGGAAUUCAGCUCCCAGUUCUCACAACUCAAGGACCAGAUUUCAACUCUACCCUUUAUUGGGAAGUCUCUGUCCGUCACGGUUAAUGUCGCUUCAUACCAACGACAAACCGUGGUAUCGAUGAACAUGCCCUGCGCAGCGUCAGGCCAGUUGAACUUCAAACCGUGCCCGAUCUCAGUGCCUAUCCAGUGGCCCAAUCAUCAUAUCCCAUGGAUCAGGCUGGGAUGA